GUUUUUCAAAAAUACACCGAAAAACAACUAAUCCAGAAGAUUGUAUUUUGCCUGCGUCAAAUACAUUAGUAAACAGUAACAGAGGUCAUAGUUCAAUUCUGUCUGAUUAGUUCUCCAUUACCACUUCUUUAAAGCAAAGUCACUAGAAGAGCGUCAACAUCAAAGGAAGCCUCCCAUCCUCCGUAACACCUCCACCAUGAAUGAUCCGUCCAACCUUGUUUGUAUAUUAAGAAAGAUACCAACAACUGCUCUAGGAUUUCACUUAUUUUAGUUACUUUGCCCAACUCAUCAAUCUCCACCAAUCAAUUUUGUCAAACCCUUCUGUCUUGUUUAAAUCGCAUGCCUUCCAGUUUUGUCCAAACUGUGACCAUAAAAUCAGCAUCAGCCUUCAGGUUCCUUGUAAGCACAAUUUGUCUUUUCCUUGGUGACGUUAAUUCGCUAUAAAUCUAAGCCAUUAUGCAUGUAGUUAAAAAGCAUGUUUACUUAAAAAAAUCGGUAAAUCCAAGUUGACUAUCACAAUAUAAAUGAAAGCAUACUCCUCUAGAACUUGAACUUCUGCACAAGCAAAAGCCAGCAGCCCAGAUUGUCUCUCCUUUUAGUUAUGGAGGGUUAUCGGAGUUUGACCACGAAUGCCAUCGGUUUUUGUCUACUCCCAUCGGAACUCAUACAGUACAUAAUUCUCCGGUUGGCUUUACCUGAUAUUGUCCGAUUAAAAUCGGUCAACAAAUCCAUCUCAUCGAUGAUCUCGGACCAAGACUUUGUCCGAGACUAUAAUCUCCAUUCCAGCUCCGUCACCUGGCUAUUUAUAUACAAGAAAAGAUGGCAUCGGGAUUCCAUGCUUCAGGGCUACACCAACUGUUCCAAUCGAUGGUUCAAGAUUCUGAUUGCUGAUAUGUUGAAGUCCGUGGCUCCACCAGGGGAGGACCUGUACUUGCUGACGGCAUCGGGUAAUAUUUUUCUGUUUGCCUUGAAUAACCGCCUGGAAGUUAUUUCAGUUAACCCCAUGUCCAAAACGGUUAAGAAAAUCCCCCCAAGUCCAUUAGGUCCACGGGGCACGUCAUCCUGGCGACGAUCGGGCAUCAAAUUACUAUCUGGCCCCCCAGGUUCAGAUCAUUUUCGAUUUUUAUUCGCAGAAAUGCGGGAAAAUCAACCAACUCUAUUCGAGUAUGAUUCCAGAAGCAAUGAGUGGAGCUCCACUGAAGCAGGAGAAAAUGUUGUCAGUGCCGAAACAGGAAGAGAUUACGGUACCAUUUAUCUGAGCGCAUACAAUGGAACCAGUGGAAGUGUCAUCAUUGCAAAAGGCAAAGGGACAACCGACCAAGAUGAACGUGACGCGGCCGCGGUUGUACGGCCAAGAUUUGUGGGAUGGGGAGGAAAUGAAGGGGGACAGCUAGCUGUUGGAUUUAGCUGGGGAAAUGCGAUUGAUCGGCUAUACGUGUACGGCGAUGGGAAGGCGAUGAUCGUGAGAUCCAACGGCGUUGAAGAUGGGAAUAGGAGGGCGAUGAGGAUGUUGAAUGGGUUAGAGCUGUGGGGGCUGAGCUCAAGUGGGGGGCAUUGGGAACUGAUAUCAACGGUUCCGAAUGAACUGGUUGAGAAAAUUAGGAAGCCUUAUGGGGCUAUGAUGGGGUGUUUGGAGCAAAGGCUGGGAGUUGUAAGAGCCAUCUUGAUGUCCAACUUGGAGGGCGUAUGGGACAUUAUAUGGCUAUGUUAUGAAUUAGAGAGCAGGAUUUGGAAUUGGGUUCCAAUUCCGGAUUGCAAAAUGAAGGGUGCCAACAUGGCCGGAAUUGCCUUUUCUUCUGGCCUCACACUGAAGUAAAGUAGCACUAAAUUGAUCCAAGUACGCUCCCGAUUGGUUGUUAGUAGUAACUAUUUCAUUUUUUGUUGAAAGUUUGCUGUGACCGUAAGUUAUCGAUUGGAUGAUCGCAACCAUUUGUUGUUGUUGUUGUUGCUGUUGCUGUUGGUCUAUUGUUCCAGC